AUGGCGCAACAGAUUCAGGGCAAAAGCCUCUGGGGACGAUCCCUAUACUGGACAAUCUCCAUACUCGUCCUUUCAAUGUUCUACAAAGCCUACGUGCACAACAUCCUAUUCAUCACACUCGGCAUAGGCCGCGAAAUCCAACCGCUUGAAGAUUUCCCUUGGGUAUGCACUCGACAAUAUGACCCUCUCCUGGCUGGCUGCGAGGAUAUGUGGUUAGAUCACCACGACCGAAAAUUAUACGCCGCAUGCUCGACUAUCGAAUCCCGUCAGGGAUGGAAUCCCGGUGGAAACAAGUAUGAUGUCUCGGCACGCUCUCUCACCGAUCACAUUACGGUGUUGAAUAUUGAUGAUGUCGACCCCGAUUCUGGACUGUCCACUCCUCGUCAAUUGAAAAUCAGUGGCUAUCAUAGUCCAUUAGAUCUUCACGGAUUUGAUGUGCGGCAUAUUGGGUCCACAGUGCGGUUCUGGUUGAUUAAUCACAAACCCGCCAUCGACUCUACAGGGGAGAUUUUGGAUCCCUGGAGUUAUGGGGCGAAUUCCACGGUCGAAAUAUUCGAUUUGAAUAAGGAUACCGAUACCCUUGAGCAUGUUCGGACUAUUUACAGCGAUGCUAUUAUUUCGCCCAAUAACUUGGCUGUUGAUGCUGAUGGAGUGGGAUUCGUGAUCACAAAUGAUCACAAAGGCAAGACUGGACGGUUUCGCGAUCUGGAAAUGCUAUACGGUACUGGAAGUCUCACUUAUUGUCGAUCCGAUACUGCGAAGUGUAAUAUCGCCGCGAAAGAAGGAUUCCGCUUUCCAAAUGGCAUUGCAAAGGGCCGUGAUCAUCUCUACUAUGUCUCGCAUUCUGUGACGGGGCUGGUGACUGUUCACAAAUUGGAGAAUGAUCAAUUGAAGCACGUUGAUACUAUCUCGACGGGCUAUCCGGUGGAUAAUCUUUCAUUUGAUGAGGAGGGAAGCCUCAUAUCUGCUGCUAUACCCGAUUCGUUCGCGUUCGUAAAGUCUAUCGAUCAUCCGUAUGACUUCGUUGCGCCAGCGACGGUGUUGUCUACCCCCAUUAAAGGGAAGGAUGAGAAAUGGGAAGUCUUGAAGAUUGUGGAGGAUUCACUUGGGGAAAAGCUUCCUACAUCCACAAUUGCGGUUCAAGAUACACGGACACGCAGUUUAUUUCUGGCAGGAGGAUUCGCUCCGUUUAUUACCGUCUGUCGGAGAACAUAG